AUGUUCGACAACACUGAGCAGUUCCCCAUCCUCCAUGCUCUGUUGAACGACCCCACUUACAAUCAGAGCUCAGAGGAACACAGAGCUGUCUGGGGAACUCGCAAGCUUACAAAGGAGAACUUGGCAGCUGUCACAAAGGAGUUGAAGGACAAGGAGGACAAGGAGAAGAGGGCCAAGGAGAAGGCCAGGCUGGCCAAGGAAAAGAAGUCCAAGAAGGCCUCAACUUCAAAUUUUUCUUUACAGGCCCUGCUCAUGCUGCUCUCUUUCUGGCUGCUCCUCGGACUCCUUCCAUGUGUCUCUGCAGCACCACUGGAGGAUCCCUUCCCAGGCAUCCUUUUUGCUGACUUUGCCAAAGUGAUCAAGUCCAGCUUUGGUGCCGACAUCACUCUUGCCACCGUCUUGAUGCUCCUCUUCAGCGUCACCAACAACACCGACCUUCUCAACCUUCAUGGUCAACAACAAGCUGUCCCUACCAACACUCAGGUCGUGACUAGCUGGAUGGCUGCCUUUGUCCUUGCUAUCAAAGACAGGCUUCAGCUUGACUCCCUUGUCGCUGAUGAUGACUCGGAUACUGAAAUGAACACUGACACUGACUCUGGCUCUGACUCUGGCUCCAACUCUGGCUCUGCAUCUGAACUACCUAUGACACCCUAUUCCUCCCCACCGAUCGCCACCGCCAAUAUUCGCCCUGUCCUCAUCAUCACUCCCACUGUCAUGCAAUGCUCUGAUGCUACAUCUCCUGGUCGUGCUCUGACUCAGUACCAGUGGUACCGUGAUGUCUCCAAAGCCACCUUGCUUAGGGGGAGCGAGUGCUUUGAGAAGGUUCCAGUACUUGCAGGGAAAUGUCCUGCAUGUUCCUCCAUGUUCUGGGCUGACCAUGAGAGCUUCAACGACCCUUCUAACGAUUGCCGCCUUGCGAUUCACCUUCCAGACACCAAAUACCUCAAAGCCGGAACUCAGCAUACCUGGAAGGCUUUUGUCUUGGAGUCCAUCCGGUUGCUUGCUGAGCCUAGUGGUGCUGAGCUCCUCUUUGUGGACAACAUGGCUGUCAAGGACCUCGUGACUGCUGCAUAUGAGUAUCUGGGAGAUGGGGGAAUCAUCCACAGUGCAGAGGGGCAUUCUUGUGAUGAGUGUUGUCAUGCAUUCAAGGAUGUGGCUGACGUGAUCCCUAAUCAGCCUGACAAUCCUGCUGCUCUUGCUGGCCAUGAUGAAAAUCAUGCUGUCCCAGAGUAUGCAGGCCCUGCUGUGGAAGAUGCUGAGGCCAUGGAUGUGUUGAAAUCAGGGGCAAGAAAAGAUGGCCAGACUAGGGUUUGA